GUUGACUUCCACCCUCCCUCAUCGCCCUCGCGCCCUUUAUAAGUCUUUCCCUGCCCCCACCCCUUCCUCGAUAUCCGUCCUGUUCCUCAGCUCGACCUUAGUUUCACACCCCUGUAGCUAGCACGCAACGACGACCUGUUCUGCUCUGCACCUAGCUUCUAGCUGGGAGACAAACCGGCCCUUUUUCUCCGCCCUGCCUUUCCACACUAGCUGCGUCCGGGCUAGCUAGCUGCGAGCGAUCUCUUCUGCUGCUUCUUCGAUACAUCGAUGGGGCGCGCGCCGUGCUGCGACAAGAGCGGGCUGAAGAAGGGACCGUGGACGCCGGAGGAGGACGAGAAGCUCGUCGCAUACAUCAAGAUGCACGGGCAGGGCAACUGGCGCACCCUCCCCAAGAAUGCUGGGCUCGCGCGGUGCGGGAAGAGCUGCCGGCUGCGGUGGACUAACUACCUCAGGCCGGACAUCAAGCGCGGGCGCUUCUCCUUCGAGGAGGAGGAGACCAUCAUCCAGCUCCACAACAUCCUCGGCAACAAGUGGUCAGCGAUCGCGGCGCGGCUGCCCGGCCGGACGGACAACGAGAUCAAGAACUACUGGAACACGCACAUCCGCAAGCGCCUGCUCCGCAUGGGCAUCGACCCCGUCACCCACGCGCCGCGCUUCGACCUCCACGACCUCUCCUCCCUCCUCAAGCCCGCCGCCGCCUACUACCCCACGCAGGCCGACCUCGACACGCUCCGCACACUCGAGCCGCUCGCCAACUACCCCAACCUCCUCCGCCUCGCAUCUACCCUCCUCUCGGGCACGGCCGCACCCACGAUCGCGGACCAGCAGCAGCAGCUGCUGCUGCCGUGGCUGCUGCAGGCGCAGAUGGCGCAGGCAACGGCCGCCAUGGCGCAGCAGGUUGCGCCGCCGCAGUCCGACCAGUUUAUGCAGCAGCAGGCCAGCGCCGCGUGUCAAAUGCCGAGCCUUGUCCACACGAACCCGACGGUGCAGCAGCUGACGGCGCAACAGCAACAACAACAGCCCCAGGACAUGACAGCGGCCUGCCACAGCGUGCAGCCGCCUACCACCUACGUCGACAACAUGGACGUGCCGGCGCUGAUGCAGAUGGUGCAGUCCGACGCGUCCAACCUGCAGCAGUGGAGCAGCACGAUCACGAGUAGCAACAACAACUGCAACGUCGGCUCCGGCGUGUCCACUCCGUCAUCGAGCCCAGCGGCGCAGGGGAACUCGACGCCAACGACGACGUACGGCGCGAUCUGGAGCCAUGACGUCGUGACGGGCGACGCCGCCGCGCUGUUCAACAUGCAACUGUCCGAGCUCCUGGAUGUGAGCGACUACAUGUAACAAAAAGUAUUCAGGGGACACGGACUAGAUCCGUGGAAGCUCGGUCAUCGAUCGAGCACAACGUCACAUACCGCAAGGCGCAAAGAAGAUCUCAGGAUGCCAUUUUUGUACAGGAUUGUUGCACCUGUUUUUAUCCAGUUCAUUAUCAGUGGUUAUUAUUAGAAGCUUCCCUUAAAUUUCUUUUGGUUAAUUUACUGCUAUUUCCAUCUAAAAUUAGACGUGUGGUGCGUGUUGAGGAAACAUGGCAGAGGUGGCUUCACAUGAUUGGUGGAGACGGCCGCUGUCCCUCUCACUUUCAUCACGCCUUGUCUCCAGCGAAGAAAAAUAGGGCCGGCACUCCGGUUGCUUUUCUCAGAA